UGACAUUUGCAACUCGGCACAGGUUCAGACUCUUGAGUAGUAGACUGAUACGUAUGGCUUCGGCAAGCAAGGCUUCGCUGAUCGUCGCAGCGUGCGUGGCGGCGGUGGAGGCGCUCAAGGAUCAGGCGGGGCUGUGUCGAUGGAACUACGCGCUCAGGUCCCUCCACGGGCGUGCCAAGCGCAGCAUGGCGCCGUUCUCUCGGGCCAAGAGGAUGUCUUCUUCUUCCAAUGAUCAGUGGAGGAGAGGAGGGGAGGAAGCGGUGGAGAGAGCCAGGCGCACCGAGGAGUCGAUGUCCAAGCUCAUCUACCUGGACUCCUGGGGACCCAAAUAAUCUCGCUCUCUUGGCUGGCUACCUUCAUCAUCUACAUCAAUGGUGAAUCAAAAAAAACAUAUUGCUUCAGUGAGGAUUAUUUGGUAAGAGCCCAACAAAGUAAUUUUGAAAACAAAAUUUUGAAAUGCAAUAAAAAGUAAUUUAUUGGUGAAAUCAUAUUUUAGAGUUUGGUUCAUAUCAAAUUCAUUUUAGAGAUUUUUUUUUGUCUAUAAAAUACUCAUUUUAGAGGAAUCUAUAAGCUUAUCCGCUUGGUCACGGAGGAUUGAUCACAAAAUUAUCCUUAAUCAACUUUGGUUUAUAUCUAAUUCGAUCAUAUCUUUUUCGAGAGUCAUAUGUUAUAAGGUCAUUUAUUAUCAUCUAAGUUGUGAAGGAUGGAACAAAGACUCAUAAAUUCGUCGGGUCUUUUUUACUUUCAAAGUAUUUUUUUGGAGUUCGCUUCGAUAUGAUAAAAUCGUACAAAUAUGUGCAUUACCCAAAACAAACAAAUUACUUACGAGCCCAUAGGUUGUUCCAAUAUUCGACUGAUCAAAUGAUCUUUAUUAGAUUGACACUAAAAGAAGGGUCAAAUUUUUUAUUACCCACAUAGGUUCUUUUUAGAGUUCAUGAGUUUUGAAAUGAUAAAAUCGUGUAAGUAUACCCAUCGCCCAAAGUGGAUAAUUCCUCAUGAGCCUACGGGCUGCACCAAUGGUCGAUCGACCAAAUAGUCCCUUAUCAUAUUAUCGCUAGAAGAAGGGCUCAAGGCUUGCAUAACAGCUAUGAGCCCAAACCGUGCGAGUACGCCCAUCGCCCAAAGUAGAUAAUUCAUCAUGAGUUUACAAGCUACAUUAAUGAUCGAUCGACCAAAUGAUUCUUUACCCUCAGAGAUACCUUUUAUAGCUCACAAACUCUAAAAUGAUAAAAUCAUACAUAUAUGUCUAUCGUUCAAAAUUGAUAAUUUCUAACGAGUCUACAGGUCGCAUCAAUGGUCGAUCGAUCAAAUGAUCACUUAUCAAAUUGACGCUAAAAGAAAAUUCCAAAGCAAACUCACCAAUGGUCGAUGAUGACUUAUCAAAUUGACGCUAAAAGAAAAACCCAAAUCGCUAUGUACCUUUGACUAUGAGCUUAAAUCGUACGAGUAUACUCUAUGACAUGAAAUCUCCACAAGUUAUCUUCAAACCGGAUAUCCCCUCUGGUGUGGCAGAAAGAGACGACACAGCCCUUGGUAUCAAGGAAAUGGUGGGUGGGACAGCCCAAAACCAGUGUCAGCUCACCCCCUGUUUCUCUCUCCGCGCCAUGCAUGAUUACUCAGCUCGUCCUUAUCAUCACCGUUAUGUAGUGACCACACUUGCCGUCUCAAACCACUUGUACCGCAAGCUUCUUUGGUAUUCUACCGAUCGGUUGUUUCGUAAGCUCGAGAUAUGGCUUUUGCAAGUAAGGCUUCUUUGGUGGUGGCAGCGAGCAUGAGCGCGGUGGAGGCGCUCAAGGAUCAGGCGGGGUUGUGCCGGUGGAACUACGUCCUCAGGUCUCUACAGCAGCAGGCGAAGAACGACGGCGUGGGGUCCUUGUCUCGGGCCAAGAGGACAACUUCCUCCAUCGACAGGAGGAGGAGAGGAUGGUCAGAGGAGGCACUGAGGACGGUCAUGUACUUGAGCUGCUGGGCUCCCAACUAGAAAUAGAGGCCUUUUUCUCGUCUCUUCCAUCGGUUCUCGUGAUGGUUCAUUUAUCGAAAUUAGUUGUGGUCACAAUGGAUUCAAUCUCGAGUUGUAGAUAUGUUAGUAGAAAAUUAAUCAAAUAAAUAAUACUAUUGGUUUAUUUAGGU